AUGAAUCAAAGCCCCAUGCUUUCCACUACCAGAUUAGUCGGUGUUUUGAGCGGCUCUUUUGCUUCUACUUCGAUAGACAGUGACGUAGAGAUUGAUGUUAAUGAACCCGCAUCCAUUUCCUCUGCCAUUGUAAAUAACAACUCCAGCGAUAGUAAUACUGACAAUGAUGACGAUGAUACUGAAAUGGAAGACUAUCCAAAAGUUCUCACCUACGUGGCCACUCUCAUCAAAGUAGGAGAAGCUAUCUGA